AAAAAAAUCGAAAAAAUCUGACAAAAAUUAUCUUCUCUGUAACGUACUUUACUUGCUCCUGUCAUUUCUAAAUUAAUAAAUAACAUCAUUAAAUAUUUGUAUUUAUAACAAUUCAUGUGUCUUGUAAUCUAGUCAUCGAGAUUACUAUGAAACAACUGGAAGAAUCAACGGGUUUGUGUCGCUCAGAAGGAAGUUUUUUUUUGUGGAUUUUGUCCACAAUUAUGUUACCGUUUACCCUACCACAUAUGAUCUUCAAAAUUAUUGGAAUUGUUAAGGAACGGCGAUACAGAGAAUGCUUGCCUGGGAAGGUGGUUCUAAUUACUGGUGCCAGUUCAGGACUCGGGGAAGCUCUGGCACAUACAUUCUUCCUAGCAGGAUGUAAAGUUGUACUAGCUGCUAGGCGUAAGCAAGAAUUAGAGCGAGUUCGGAAAGAUCUACUUGCCCUUCAUACGACCGUUGUUACCCAUUCACCACUGGUAAUUCCAUUGGAUCUGUCGCAUAUUAACUCACUUCCUAAUAAGGUCAAAGAAGUUCUGGAGAUUCAUGGACAGAUAGACAUCCUAAUCAACAACGGUGGUGUAAGCGUUAGGUCGGACUGCAUCUCAACUGCAAUCGAGGUCGACAUCAAGGUGAUGUUGGUUAAUUACUUCGGUACGGUGGCAUUGUCCAAAGCUUGCCUCCCGUCAAUGAUAAAACGCAAGCAAGGUAGAAUCGUAUGUAUUUCUAGUGUGCAAGGUAAAUUCAGUAUUCCUCAACGUUCCGCUUAUGGUGCAUCAAAACAUGCCCUACAAGCGUUUUGUGAUAGUCUACGCGCAGAGAUGGCUGAACAUAAUGUAAAAGUAACCUUAGUUUCACCUGGUUACAUCAACACCGCGUUAUCUUUCAAUGCACUCACAGGAACUGGAAAUCAGUAUGGAAAAAUGGAUUCUACAACUACAUCAGGUGCAUCACCGGAGACUGUGGCUAAGCGAAUAUUGAAGGCAUUAUUGCGUGAUGAAGAUGAUAUUACUAUAGCGCCGAUCGCUCCAAGAGUAGCGUACUGGAUUCGUCAUCUUUGCCCGCCACUAUACUUUUGGAUAAUGGCAAGACGGGCAAGGAAGCUAGAUUUAUCGAAUAAGGACGAAUAAUGAAAA